AUGAUAACCGACAUACAGCUGUCUGUCUUCGCAAACAUCUUGGGUGUUUCGUUAUUCCUGUUGGUCGUCUUAUAUCACUACAUUGCAGCCAACUAUUCUAAGUCAUCUUCUUGAAUCGGCACACUAUGCAAAAAACAGUGCCUCGUCAUGAGAAGGUCCAGCACGAAGGUGGUGAUAAAGACAAGUUUUAUUUAAGUUAAGAUUGUUCUUUUGUAAAAAAUCAUAAAAUGAAAAUUAAAUCAUGUAAUUAAUAAACUA